AUGCCAAAAUUCUAUCCGUCCAUCUCCCCUGAUCUUCGCGACUGGGCGCUGGGCCAGAAAGUGUUCUUCACGGCCUCUGCCCCUCUCCGUGGCCGCCAUAUUAACUUGUCCCCCAAAGGUCUCCCUGAUGCUUCAUUUGCCAUCCUAGGCCCAAACGAAGCAGCAUACGUCGACGCUACUGGAUCUGGUGGUGAGACCAUCAGCCACCUCCGCGAAAAUGGCCGCAUCACCAUCCUCUUCUGCUCCUUCGAUGCAGCUCCCCGUAUCCUACGAUUCUUCUGUACCGGUUCUGUAAUUGAAUGGAGCGAUCCUGACUUCGGACCAUACCUCAAGCGCAUGGGAGGGAAGAGCCUAGUGGGGGCGCGUGCCAUCAUCCGGCUGGAUGUUUUCAAGGUACAAACCUCAUGUGGUUAUGGUGUCCCACAACUAUCCUUAGCUUUUGACGAGGAAACGAACGAACCACGGCCGUAUUUCAAAGACCGAGAAACUCUGAGCAACUGGGCCAGCAAGAGAGUGGAAGCCGGUGAAAUGCGUGCCUAUCAGGAAGAAUGGAACAGUCGUAGUUUGGACGGGCUACCCGGCCUCCGAACAGCUCUGCAGGACAAGGGUCAGAGUGUGCAGCUGGCUAACCUGAGCAACUGGACUCAUUACCACCGGGACGAUAUUGAAUUGGUCAAGACAUCUGCGCUGCUGUUAUUUGUUGCCAUGGCGAUUCUCCAAUGGGCUGGAUACGUUGAUUUUUAUUUGAACCAUUAG